AUGAAAAUAAGAGUUAGUAUUAACAGAUCUCAUGAGGUUCCUGCGAAAUCCAGUACAGAUGGGACGGCUUCUGAUGCUGGCAAGAGUAGAGGGUUUUCUCUUGAUGCUUUAGCAAAAGCCAAGAGAGCUUUACAAAUGCAGAAGGAGCUCUCAGAAAAGUUGAAGAAGAUUCCUCAGUUAAACAAGGGCGCUGGCUCAAGCAUAGACGGUAGUUCACAAGUUGGAUCAAAGGAGGGUUCCAAAGCCUCAUUUCCUUGUUCAGGAAUAAUUUCCACACCUGUCUCCUCCGUAACUGCCGCUCUUCCUGUUCUUGCUGGAGCAACAUCAAAUGUGUCAGCUUUUGCAGCUUCUGUGACACCACCUGGGAGUGACAUGUCUCAUCUUACUGGGCUUACCGCACAAAACUAUGCAGUGAUUCAACGUGCACAAGAGCUUGCUGCCAAGAUGGUAUCUCAACAAGACCCAGAGUUUGAUACCCUGAUGAACAUGUUUCCUGGCCUGAUGCCAGCAGAGGUUCCCGUCCAGCCGAAGCCUGCCAAGACCCCUGUUCUUCUUUUGGAUGCACUGGGCAGGGAAAUUGAUGAGCAUGGGAACCUUGUAAAUAUGCGCAAGUUAAACAACCUGAGUACCCUGAAGGUCAACAUCAAUAAGCAGAAAAAAGAGGCUUUCCAAAUACUCUAA